AUGAAGAUCCCAAGCCCUCGCUGGCCUCAGCUCCAAGUCCCCCAAAGCGAGUCAGCUUUCAUUGCAGGAAAUAUACGAUGGACGAAUAAAGACCUCGACCCCGUGCCACGAGCCCUCAGAAAGUGGACAGUAAUCAGCUUCAUCGGAUACUGGAUCUCCGAUUGCUUCUCGGUUGCGAACUGGCAACUAGCAAGCAGCAUCAUCGCCAUUGGCCUCUCAUGGAAAGAGUCACUAGGGCUGGUUGCCCUCGGUUUCUUCAUCCUCUCUAUCGUCAUCGCGAUGAACGGCGCGGGGUUCUGGGGCUCUUAUAUCCCAAUCAUCUCAAGGCUUAUCCUCGCGGUCUUCUGGUUUGCGACGAACUGCGUGAAUGGGGGGAAUGCGGUGGUUGUCAUGCUGGGCGCAAUCUGGCCCAGUUUUCUCAAGAUCCCCAACAGCCUCCCAGCGGGCGAAGGCAUUUCAACGCAGGGCAUGGUCGGCUUCCUCCUCUUCUGGCUGCUCCAGAUCCCCUUCCUCCUCGUGCACCCCAACCAACUCCGCUGGCUGUUCCUCAUCAAAUCCAUCAUCGUCCCCGCCGCCUGCACCGCAAUGCUCAUCUGGGCGUUCGUGCAGGUGACGACCCCAAACGGCGGCGACCUCUUCACCCAAUCCAGCCAGCUAACCGGACCAACAUACAGCUGGGCAAUGAUGUCCUCCCUGACCGCGGUAAUCGGCAACUACGCAACGCUGAGCGUAAACCAAGCCGAUUUCUCACGCUACUCGUGCGUCAGUCCCCGCUGGCACAUCCUAUACGUCUUCCUCCUCCCGGCCUUCUUCACCUUCAUCGCCUUCAUCGGCAUCGCUGUUUCCUCCGCCGGCCAGGCGAAAUACCACACGGACUCGAUCCCCUGGGAUCCAAAUGUCCUCGUGAGUUUGUGGGGAAACCGCGCGUGCCGAUUCUUCGGCGCAUUCUCCUUCGCGCUCGCGGCGCUGGGGUUGAAUAUCUCGGCGAAUUCGCUCUCCGCCGCGAAUGACUUCGCAGCGCUGGCGCCCCGGUAUCUCACCAUCCGUCGCGGACAGCUUCUAUGCGCGGUUCUCGCGUGGGCCCUUGUCCCCUGGAAGAUCCUUGCGUCGGCUGGCAAUUUCCUCAACUUUAUGUCUGCGUAUGCCGUGUUUCUAGGCCCCAUUGCCGCGAUCAUGGUCUGCGAUUUCUGGGUCGUCAAAGCGCGCAAGUAUGACGCCGUCGCGCUGUACCAGCCGCGUGGGAUAUAUCGGUAUACCGGCGGUUUUAACAUCCAUGCUGUGAUUGCGUUUAUAUUUGGGACGACGCCGAGCCUGCCGGGCCUGAUCCAUUCCGUCAAUUCGGAUAUCGAGAUUGGGGUCGGGGUGCAUCCGUAUGAGUUUGGGUGGUUGUUGGGGUUUGUGGGGAGUUCGGCCGUUUAUCUAGCGCUCAAUUGGCGGUUCCCGUAUCGGGAUGCUAAGAUCGACGAGGCUGUUUUUGCGGUUGAUGCGCGGCUGGGAGAUGAGACGGUUGAGGCUGAGCACGUCAAGAAUGAUGGGAGAAAGGGGUGA